GGCAGAGGAGUGGAUUCUGAUUUGAGGCUAUGAGAAGAGCUAGAGAGAGAAUGGGGGAUUCUCAUUUUGGACUGUGAGAAAAAAAGAGGAGUAGAGAGAAAAGGGUGAGAAAAAAAAAAGAGUACAGAGAAAAGGGAGGUACUUUUAGCGAUGAGGUUUGUCCAGAGAGGAGGAUCUAGGCAGAGCAGAGGAAGAAAACUGAGAAGAGGGAAAUUUAGAGAGCAGAGGCGUGAGCGGUUUGAGAGAGUUUUUGGAGAGAAGCCAAAGCUGUUUUCAGGAAGAAUAAGCUGAUCGAAGGAGGAAGAAAAGAGUGCUGGAAGACACAUAAAUUGUUACCGUAGAGGAAAGCUAGAGCAGGGAACGUUAGUUUGAGAUAAGGAUAAGAGAAAGCAAGAAAAGCUGUGACAAAAGAGAGUUGGAGCAGACUUAGGUAGUGCGGGGAAGCUAGACAAAAAUCUUGCUCGAGAGGACGCUUCCUAGGUAAGGUCUCUAUGAACUUCACAUUUCCUCAUUUUCACUUUAUUCUUUUACAUUUUUCUGCAGAUUCUAAGGUGUUAUUUUAUUGAUUCGUUUGGACAUUAAGGAUUAUUGGUCUGUUUUGCUGAAUCUAUUUGUUUGCAUACAUGCUCUGUUUGAUUUUAUCUCGGUUUCCUUGACUCCUCCUGUAUGUAGUUGAUGCAUGGCUUCAUCCUUGGACUUGACAUAUAAGAAUCAUGCUUGUGUUCUUUGUUAAUCCCACCUGUUCUUUGCCCAUGGAUGUCACCUGAAAUGAGGCUUUCUACAUUCAUUUUUUACUUGAUUUCCUUUUGCUAUUUCUUCCGUUCUUGUCCUGUUUUUUUCUUCUUCUUAUUCCCAUGUUUCUGGUAAGUUCGUGGUGUUGAGUACCUCAUUUGGGUUGACCAUUUUGAUUGAGGUGCUUUUGAGAGAGCCCCAUAUGAGCCACCUUACAUACCGUUAGAAAUUUCUGGAUGUCUGUAAGCCGUAUGGACCACACUGAAACGCCUAGAGAUGCAAUGGAGGAGUACAAUUGAGGAUGAGGAAAUCUCUACUCGAUGCUGGAUAUGGGUGAGGCAACCAUGUAGAAUGGGGUACUGCAGACUAUGAAUCUUCCUCGGUGGGCAUGGGUGGUUUUCCUCGUGCACUAUGGUCACAGUAUUUGUAAGUCUUCAAGGUGGUCAGAAUGUUGACUUUCUUGAUCCUGUGCAUAUGUCACGCACCAAAUUCUGUUUACAAGGCCUAGUUAUAAGAUGGCGUCUAGAAGAUGUAUGCACGGAUAAUCUCUCGGAUAGGCUUCACAUAAGUCAAGGCUCAUGGAAUGCAGAAUAUCUGGGUUUGUUUCAUUAAUGAGCCCAGGUGAUAACACUUGGCAUGCUGACUUGAUUCAGUAGAAUGAUGACUUAUUCUUGCAUGAUGGAAAGGCCAGUCUUUGUGAGAGACUAUUGCAUAGAAUAUGAAGACUCCUUGAUAUAUAGAUAUGGUGGCAAUUUGUAUUUCACAGUGCAAGCUUUUGAUUGAAGUUCACAAGGGAAAGAAGCUGCGUCUCAUGCUAAAUGCAGCCAAAUCCCGGGAGAUCAGCCCACCUCCUCAAGGAGAAGCAGGCCUAUUGACAUGCAGUAGGAACCAACAGUAAGUUCCAAUACAGAAAACCCACUCUUGAAUUGGCACAUCCUGGCCCAGUUCAAAACCGUCCUUGUCCCACGGUUAGAAUUGCAUCACUCCCAGCACCUGUCCUACCUCCUGCCCAAAUUUCGCAUGGCCAUGCGUAGCCACCUUGGUUACAUGCUCCUCGAACAUCCCUUCCAUGGCCAAACUUGAAGUUGGUUAUUUGUUUAUAGGUAAAGCCAACAGAAGGUGAGCAAACAAGCUACUUGCUCUGAAUUGACUGACUAGAUUACAGAGGUUCCAAGACUCCUUGUUUGUGACCAAGAAGAAUAAGUUCUGGAAGACAGCCUGUUGGGUAGUUCAAUGAUAUCUGGAACUUAAGGUCAAUAAGGACGUGGUUGGGUUAUACAAUCAAAUAAGAAAGAUUCAGGCCCAAGUGAACUUGCCAGGAUGAUGCAGUACUCUACUAAAGAGUCACAAGCCACCAGUAUCCUUUGACACUAGUCCACUCCCAUCUUUCCGAUGACACAUAGCUGGUGCUCUCAUCAAGUUCCCAUGAUGUGCAACUGUGGGAUGCCUCUUCAAUAUCAGAUGACUCCAGAUGUCCAUUUGAUGGCUGCAAGGCUGCUAGAUUUAGCAAUUUUUGGACCAUAUUUGCAGCAUCUUAUCAUCAAUCAUGACUCAAGUAGUGUCACUGCCGUCAUGCCCUAGUCUUUAACAUGUCUCUGCAACCCAAAAGGGAGAAAAUAUACUUCUACAUGGCCAAGUAUGGUGAUGAAGUGCUUCUUGAUGCCAGGAAACAACUAGAAGAGAAUUUAGAACCAUGCGUCAGGAUAAUACCUUUACAAUCUGUCAUUGUUUGAAAGUCUGAAGCAGAAGAAUUCGAAGGACAACUCAUAUGAGCUCCUUAAGAACUUUAUCAAGACACUGGAAAAUGCAAAGGAGCAAUGGAAUGCAGUUUAUCAUUUCUCUGAACAUGCGGAAGACAUGGGAAAAAGUGCAGCGUCGCUCAGGAUCAAGUUUUCUGAACCACAGACCAAUGGGUUUUACCUGGAAAUGACCUCGUUUCGCUGGAUGUUUGUUGGUUUAAAGAGUCCUUGCUAACCUGGUGUGAGAAACACAUGCAGUGUAGUUGUUCCAAACAGCUGAAGAUGAAUCCUACUCCUUAACCACUCCAUUCUUCCUGUGCCCCAACUACUCAAGGACAAGCAACAAAUGGUACCCAACCCGAUAUGAAUGAAGCUUCAAAUUUCUGUCAUGUGGAGUGUUGAGAAUAAUUCAUUGCUUUCCUAGUCUGAAUAUGGAAAAAACCAAAUGAACUCAGAGAAGGUUUAGAGCCAUCAAACGGUCAAACAAACUGAAAAGAUUAAUUCCUUUGGUUCUCUUGCAUUACAGCACUGCUGCUAAUUAAGUUUAGAGAGAGGAAUCCUGGGUAUUUUGCUGCUAUGAGCACAAACAGUAGUAAAAUUCUCUCGGAAGUUGAACCGUAUGUUGCGACCUGGUAGUUUCUUUGUGUGGUCGGCUAUCCCAGCUUGCCAGAAGCUUGUUGACGAUGUUGAGAUGUGGAAUGCCAUGACUAAACUGAUGAAGACAAUGUGCUAGGAGUUUGUGGUGAUUAAAAGGGAGCUAGGUAAUGAAGAAUAUGGAAAGCAAGCUGCUGUGCUUACUAGGAAGCCUGACUCAGAUUAAGGCCUUUAUGAUGGAAAGAUGAAGUUCAAAGCAAUGUUCCUAUUCAACUUUUCAUUUGAGAUCAACUCCGGACAUAUUCCGAAACCUGUUUCAUGGAGCCCCGAUGACCAUCAACUCCUCACUUAAGAAAGUUGUCUGGUGCUGUUGAGCAGAAUAUGAUGGGUACCUUGAAGAAUCUUGGGCAAUCAGUGCUUGAAAAUAAACCGGUGACUAAGUCAUCGUUCCAGCAAGAUUUUGGAACCAAAAUGCAAUUCGAAGGGAGCAGUUUGUAAUGAGAUUUCUAGUCUGACUGCUAUUUCAGUUGAUCUUUCAUCAGUUCCUUUGGUUGAAUCUAUUGGGAUGGAAGGAAAGGACAUGGUGUUUUCAUCCAAAGGUGGCUUAUCAUCAGAAUCAAAUACUGGAAACAUCCCUAUGGACAAUGGGGUGGGUUCUCUGUUGGGGUCCUCUUCGAGGGAUAUCCAAUACAAUGAAACUGCAGAAAAUGAGGAACUUUUGUCUCAUUCGGAAGGAUCAGACGGCCAAAACACAGAUGCUAUUGAGAUAAAUGAUGUCAUUGGACGAGGAAUUUAAACCACCAUCAUCCACAGAGCAGCACCCGGGCCCCCACGUGUGCAUGGCCACCUUGGUGCACACUCUUCUCCACGUGCAUCUUUUUGGUGUCAAGGCUAGAGCUGUGAUCCCACACUUAACCAGAAUCAUGUCAGGUUCAACUACUUCAAUGAUGGUUGAUGAGCAAAGGUUGCCUGAAAAUAAUGUCCAACAAAUCGAGCUACUCACUGGAACCGAGGAUAGCUAUGGAGGAGUUCGCAUAGAAAUAAAGAAUCGCAUGGAUUCUAAUGUCUUUGGUGAUGUGCUUAGAGCUUCAAUAUCACAAUGGAGGCAAAAGGGGACGAAGGGCGUGUGGAUUAAACUGCCAAUUCAACAUGCCAAUCUUGUCGAAGCAGCAGUUAAGGAGGGCUUUUGGUACCAUCAUGCUGAACCAGACUACUUGAUGCUUGUACUUUGGAUUCCCAAGACUGCUCAUACUCUACCUGCAAACGCUUCACAUCGAGUAGGCAUCGGUGCUUUUGUCAUCAAUAGUAAAAGAGAGGUCCUGGUGGUUCAGGAAAAUAGUGGCAGAUUCAAGGGCACUGGUGUGUGGAAGCUCCCUACUGGGGUUGUUAAUGAGGGUGAGGAUAUCUGCACAGCUGCAAUUCGAGAAGUCGAAGAAGAGACCGGGAUUAAGACAGAAUUUGUGGAAAUUUUAGCAUUCAGGCAAAGCCAUAAGGCAUUCUUUACCAAGUCGGAUUUGUUUUUUGUCUGUAUGUUGCAACCACUGUCAACUGAGAUUCAGAAACAAGAAGAAGAACUUGAGGCAGCCCAGUGGAUGGCAAUGGAGGAAUAUGCAGCUCAACCUUUUGUGAAGAAAAAUCCACUAUUCGAUAGCAUUGCCAACAUCUGCUUAGCAAAGAAAGAUAUGAAGUACACUGGGUUUUCUCCAUUUUCUGCCACUUCAAGCUCUGGUAAAACCAACAUCUUGUACUUCAACAAUCAGGAUCUAAAGCAACCCCUGUCUUCUGGUAAUCAGGCCUAGAAAGCAUACUUGCUAGCCCUGUAUGCUCAAUAUAUCUGUUGCAGUGUGACCAAAUAAGAUAGCAUACUUGCUAGCCUUGUAUGCUCAAUAAAUUUGUUGUAGUGGGAGGGUUUUUUAGUAGAACCAACCACCUAAUGGGUUACUUAUAUGUGUUUCACUUUAUAUGAAUAAAAGAAGGGUCAAUAAAGAAGGCAUAUUUUCUGUUUA